AUGGUAGCUCCUGAAGUCGACUCAUUUGAUGUUCAAGGACCUGAAGACAAACAUCGAUGCCUCGUCCAUCCUCCAUUAUGGGGGAGUGUAUUCGGUGACGAGAAGCACUUGGAAGACAUUCAACCUGAUAUUUAUCGAGCAUCGGAGGUGAUUUUGGAAGUCCCAUGGGCAUGCAGCGUUGAUAUCUGGAAUGUUGGAUGCAUAGACCCUGAAUUUCAGACCUACCGAAGUCGAGCGCAUCUCGCUGAAAUGAUACGUCUUCUCGGCCCUCCACCACCUGGCCUUCUUGCGCGAGGGAAUCCGACACAAAAAUUAUUUACAGAGGAAGGUAGGCCAAUUGCUGUCUUAAUAUUCAAAGCGGGCCCAUCAUUUCAACAUGUGUCUAACUUUCUAGGUAACUUUUGCGCUGGAAUUCCAGUACAAGAACACACUCCGCUUGGAAGGAAGGGAAAUACUCUUCAGGGACGGGAAAAAGAGAAGUUCCUCUGCCUCGUACGAAAGAUUUACAGUGGGAGCUGGAGAAACGAAGCUCUGCUAACGAACUUGAAAAGGAUGAGUGGUUGCGAACAGAACUACUUAAAUAGUCUGGAGGGCCAUGUAUUUCCAUCCUGCCAUUGCAGCUCACGCUGA